UGUGAAAUUCGGCUGUCAUGGCAUAACAGGAAUGGCAUACAGCAAAGAAGGAACUCAUGGCAAGAUGGAGUCUAUGGCACUAACUGCCCAAUCCCACCAGGAAAGAACUUCACUUAUGCUCUCCAAGUGAAGGACCAGAUUGGUAGCUUUUUCUACUUCCCAUCCCUAGGAUUCCACAAGGCAGCUGGUGCAUUUGGUGGCAUCAGAAUCUGGAGCCGGCCUCGCAUUCCUGUGCCUUUUCCUCCCCCUGCCGGUGAUUUCACUGUUUUGGCUGGAGACUGGUACAAGAGAAAUCAUUAUCAAUUGAGAAGAAUCUUGGAUGGCGGCCACAAUCUCCCAUUCCCUGAUGGCCUUCUCAUCAAUGGUCGUGGAUGGAAUGGAUGCACAUUCACAGUUGAUCCAGGCAAGACAUAUAGGUUCAGGAUAUCAAAUGUUGGCCUUACAACAUCCAUUAACUUCAGAAUCCAGGGGCACAAGAUGAAACUGGUGGAGGUAGAAGGAUCCCAUACACUACAGAAUACAUACUCUGACCUCGACAUCCAUCUUGGACAAUCUUAUUCUGUCCUCGUCACAGCCGAUCAGCCAGCAAAAGACUACUACAUAGUUGUUUCCUCGCGCUUCACCAAGCCUGUACUUACCACAACUGCCAUUCUUCACUACAGUAAUUCAUGGCAAAGAGUUUCUGGCCCUAUUCCUGGUGGACCUACUACUCAGAUUGAUUGGUCCCUCAACCAGGCUCGAUCUUUUAGAUGGAACCUGACUGCAAGUGGACCUAGGCCGAAUCCCCAAGGGUCUUACCACUAUGGAUUGAUCAAGACCAGCCGCACAAUCACCCUUGCAAACUCUGGUCCAAUUAUCAACCGCAAGCAGCGGUAUGCUGUCAAUGGUGUCUCAUAUAUUCCUGCGGACACCCCAUUAAAAAUUGCAGACUACUUCAAUAUUCCUGGGGUUUUCAGCCUUGGUAGCAUGCCUAGCAGCCCCUCCUGGGGUAAUGCUUACCUCCAGACUGCAGUCAUGCCUGCUAACUUCCGUGAAUUCAUUGAGAUUGUUUUCCAAAAUUGGGAGGACACUGUUCAGUCAUGGCACAUUGAUGGUCAUUCCUUCUUUGUUGUCGGUAUGGAUGGAGGGCAAUGGACACCAGCAAGUAGAGCACGCUACAAUUUAAGAGACACGGUAGCUCGUUGCACCACUCAGGUUUAUCCCAAGUCAUGGACUGCGAUUUAUAUGGCUUUGGACAACGUAGGAAUGUGGAACAUAAGGUCAGAAAACUGGGCUAGGCAAUAUUUAGGUCAGCAGUUCUACCUCAGGGUUUACUCUCCAGCACACUCAUGGAGAGAUGAAUUACCAAUUCCGAAAAAUGCUCUCCUUUGCGGCCGGGCAAGAGGUCGUCACACGAGGCCUCUUUGACUGAGGUAGCUAGAUCAUUGAAUUUUGUCACGAGAGUGUGACAUUGUGUUUAUUGCAGAUGAGGGCUAACUGUUCCCUGCGGAGAUCUUUAAUGAAAGCUCAGCUUGAGCUUUUGAGUCUUUUUUCAUUCAUUGUUGUCUGGCUUAUUUUUAUCUGACUGUUGGUGUGCUCCUUUUAAAUAACAAUGAAUUCAAUGUGCAGCACAUCUGGUUCUAUAC